GUCAAAAUCUAGAUGUCACUAAUGUCAAAAUUCAAAUCUCAAGAUCGUUCGUUUUUUCGUCAGUUUAGCAAAAAGAUUAACAAAAAGCACCAUGUUCAAAUAUGUUGUCUUCCAGAAAUAAUUUAAACCGUUCCGUCUCGUCCCCGGACCUUUUGAAAUCGCUUGCAAACGAGAAUAGGUGUCAGGGAUUACCGGUUGUAAGAAAAGUGGUGGUAGAGCAAUAUUUUAAUACAGAUUUCUCGCCAAUUUCUUAUCGUCAAAUCAGCUGUGAACAAAUUUACUCUCCUAUAACCUCUGCAAAGGAGUAUCCAAAAAUAAAAAGGAAUUUGCCCAUAAAUCGCGAUAUCUUUGACACUACAUUGGACAGUAGUUUACACAGCAAUCUAGACGAACCAAGAUAUUGUAAAUAUAAUCAAGAGAGCUAUAAAAAUGAUGUGAUUCCCAUGGACAUUGAUAAUAAUGAGUUUAUAGAAGAUUUGAGUAACAAAGACUUUGACAAGACUCUCUGUGAUCAAAAAGACAACAACAUGUAUGAAAAAGUGCCAAGAAAGCACAAUUAUAUUAAAAAUUUAAGAACCAAUCAGCUGGAACCUAUUACAACUGAAUCUGGUCUUAAAAAAAGAACUGCCUAUAAGGAAAACAGGGAUUUUACAGAUGAUGAUGACUAUGACUAUAUCCCUUCAAUUCCAAUAAUAAGAGAAGAGGAGUCGAUUAGUUUAGGGACAUUAGUAAAAUGGUUUUUCUUGAUUAUUGUUGCAUAUGGUGCUUAUGAAGUUUAUACAGGUGAUUAUUUCAUAUUCGUGAAUAGUGAAUUGCAGUUGGCAAACAUUAAACAUGACUUGGAGACUUUGGUCUACAACCAAGCUGAUUCCAUUAGAGCAAUUGCUAAUAGUUUAGAAGAAAGACCUAAUUGGCCCAACAAACUCAAGGUUGUAGGGUUUAUUGGAACAUCGGGGGUAGGAAAAACUUACAUUGCCAAUAUAGUUAAGAAAUAUUUUCAUCCCAGACUCGUGCACGAGCUGAAUGGUCAUAAUUUGGGAAAGAUGGAUAAACAGAAAACAAUUGUUGACGGUAUUAAUCCUUCAUCUUGUAAUUUAAUUGUUAUCGAUGAUUUGCAUAAGGAUGAUUCUGAUGCUGUGUUUGCGUUUAUUGAUAGUUUGCCUAGGGAUAGUUUUAUCUUAGUUUUAUGUAUUUACAAUAUUCAGUAUGGUGACGAUAAUUUGGAUUUUUACGUUGAUUAUAAGGGGAUUGAUGUGAUUAGAAAGAAGUUUGAGGGGUCAAAAUUAUGUCAUGAUCUUGUUGUUUUAAAUGAACUUAAUAUUGAUUGGGGGAGAAAAUAUUUAGAGAAAAUUUCCAGCAGUAAAAAUGUUGGGAAAGAUGUUUAUGAUAAAAUCAUUUAUGGUUUGUUGAAAAAUCAUAAAUUUGAUAGUUACGGGUUAAAAGGACUGUAUCCAAAAUUAAUGACUGAAUUAGAAAGUGUAAAUAAAUAUAAUUGACUGUUAAUUUUAUCUUUUGUAUGUAAUAAAAGUCCUUGAUUUU